AUGGAAAAAAGAAAAACUUUAAGAAUAGGAAAAAGUGUUGUACAUGGGCGAGCAGGCCCAUUAAAAGGAGAAAUGAGUAACAUCGAAAAUUGUGAAAGAGGUAAUAAAAUAAAUGAAGAAAAUUAUAGUGAAUAUAAUAAUAAUAAUAACAACAAAAAAGAUUAUACAAAUCCUCGAUUUAAUAACAAAGAAAUUAAUGAAAAUCGAAAGGAUGAAAAUAAACAUGAUGAUACAAAAAACACAACUGAUGACAUAUUAAAUAGCCAUUAUAACAAAGAUGAUAAUGAAAAUAAUAGUGUCGAUAUUUUUGAACAAUUACUUCAAAGAGAAUUAGCAAAAGGGGCUUUAGGAGGUGGUGUUGUCGCAAAUAAUCCAAAUAAAAUAAAAGGCCCUGUUGGUAAAAUUCAGGAUAAUAAUAUAAAUGAUACAAAAUAUAAUGUAAACAAUAGCACAAUUAAUAAUUUUUAUAAACAUUCAGGAAAUAACCAAAUAAAUGAAAAUAAAAAUUUAUCGAAUAUCAAUAAUGAAGAAGAUGGUGAUGAUAUGUCUAAAGUAAAAUUAAUUGACAGAAUUAAUAAUUCAAUAGUAAAAUACAGAGUACAUGGAUAUAAUGAAAUAAUAAAAGUAUUCUCAAAUAAUGAAAAUAUGAAUGAUAAAAUCGAAAUUAUAAGUGAAAUAUUUAAAGAUGACGAUUGUAUAUUAAAAUAUAUAUCAGACAAUAAUGUUAUAUGCCAAUUAAAAGCUAGUGAAAUGACAGAAGAAUAUUUAAAUGUUUUAAAAGAAAUUUAUUUUUAUAAUUAUAAAGAUAAAUAUAAAACAGAAGAUGCAUUAAUUGAUUCAUUUGUAAAUGAGUAUAGAAAUAAGUUGUUUAAUUUAUUUAGUAAAAUUUAUAUUGUUUUAUGUGAAAAAAUAUUAACAAAUACAAAAUCUUUUGAUAAUGGCUUUAAUAUAAUAAGUAAAAUAAUAGAAUACUCAUCAAAUGAUAAAAUAACAAUAAAUAUAUUAACAAUGCUAUCUGAAUAUAUGAAUUCUAUAUAUAUGAAAGCUAACAAUUCUGUUGCAAAUAUAAAAGGAAUAAAAAUAAAAGUAAUAGCAUCCAUGUUAUUAUUAUUUUAUAAAUUAUUAAAUUCUUUUAAAGCUAAUGUUAUAUGUGUAAAAACAAUAAACAAAUGUUGUCUAAAAUUUAAUGAAAUGGUCGAUAAAUCAGUUAAAACGAAUUUUUAUUUAUUAUAUAUAGAAAUUCUUACCCAAGUUAAAAAUAAAGAUUUUCAAAAUUGUAUAUUAAAUGAAUUAAAUAGUCAACAAAAAAAUUAUAUAACAAAAGAGUUGCAAAAAGAUAAAAAUAUAGACCAUCCAAAAAUUGAUGAUAAUUUUAAAACAUAUUUAACUAAUCAGACAAAUUUAGAUGAAAUAGCUAAUAACUUAGCAAAUAAUUCGUUUAUGAUACCACCAUCAAAUUUAAUAGAUGAAACUGAUGUUUUUAAAGAAGUUUGUACAAAACAAUGGGAAAAAAGAGUUUUAGAAGGGUGUGUAGAUAGUAAUAAUAAUAACAAUAAUAAUAAUACAAAUAACAAUAAUACAUCAUUGAGUAAUGAAAAUUUAUUGCCAUGGAAAAUAAAAGUGGAAGCUAUUAAUUUGUUAUGUGAAAAAAUAAAAUCAAAGUUUUCUAUAAAAAAAACACCUUAUAUAUGUACAAUACUAAGUAUUAUUUCUAAAUUAUUAAAAAAUGAAUCUGCAUUACCUGUGGUUGUUUCAACUUUAAAAUUACUUCAUAUAUUAAUCGAAAAGUUUGAAAAGGAUAUAUAUGCUACUGUUAAAAAAUUUUCAUUUAUUUUAUGUUCCAAAUUAAAAGAUUCAAAUAAACAAGUUUCUAAUGCUUGUAUGGAAUGCUUAACAAAAGCUAUUGUUGUAUAUAAUAUAGAUAUAUUUAUAGAUGAUUUAUCUAAAAAUUUUAAGGAUAAAAAUAAUAAUACCAGAUUAUUAACAUUAGAAUUUUUAGUUAAAGUAUUUGAUCAUAUAGAUAAAAAAAAUAUAAUUUCUAUAAUUGAUAUAACAAAACAUUUAUUAAAUGAUACUGUUGCUAAUAUUAAAAAUGCAGCUUUUAAAGUUUAUGCUAUGAUUAUAGCUAAUUAUACUGAAGAUAUCUAUCCGUCUUUUUUUAAUUCCAUUUCGGCUAGUAAAAAAAAAUCAAUAUUAGCACUUUGCUCAUCUGUUCAGGUUGCAAAAAAACAAAACAAAAUAGAUAAAAAUGAAGAUAAAGAAAACCCAAACUUAAAUUCAAACACAAAAAAACAAAAAGAAAAUGAAAAAAAUGAUAUAUUAAAAAAUUCUAAAUUAAAUAAUGAAGAACAUUCAGAUAAUACACUUUCAAUACCCAACAAUAUUAUGAACAAUUUAAAUUCAACAAAUUUUAUGCAUAAAAUUGAAGCAUUACAUUCAAUAAAUGAAUGGUUAAAAGAAAACGGAAAUGUUAAUAAUAAUAAUAAUAAUUUUGAUUUUGAAAAAUUAGUUAAUAUAAUUAAAGCUAAUUGUUAUGAGUUUAAAGGAAAAUAUAGUCAAUUAAAUUUAGCAAUAUAUGAUUUUUUUAAUAAAUUCAUAGACACUUUAUUUAAUUGUAAUUUUAGUAAUAAUACUAAUUCGUUUAUAAAAGUUAUGAACACGUUAAUAUGUUUAUAUCUCGAAAAAGUAGCUGAUCAAAAAGAUGGAAUAAUUUGCAAUAAUUUUAUAAAUAAAUGUUUUCAAUAUUUUGAUAAUAAUAUUAUUAUUGAUAUCCUUAUAAAAAACAAUUCCGUGAAAUUUGCAAAAAGAAGUGAAAAAUGUAUUAAAAUUUUACAAAAAAUAUUUUUAAAUAAAGGUCCAUCAUCAAAUAUAAAUGUUAAACCUCUUGUUUAUUUUUUGAAACAAUUUGUUGAUUCUAAAAAUACAAAUUUAAAAAAUUCAUCUAUUCUUUUGUUACAAAUAUUAUCUAAAAAUUUUGGGGAUAAAAAUGUAUUGCCUUAUUUAGAAGGUAUAUCCGAAAAUAUAAGACAAAUAAUAAAAUUAAAAGAAGAUUUAGACAAGUUUUUCCAAAAACAAAGUACUAUCAAUUUACAGUCAUCUUCUGCUUCUAUUUUAACUAAAUCCAAUUAUGAAAAUAAAAAUACUAGUUCAGUUGCUAUUAAUUAUGGGACAGAUAAUAAAAUUGGAGAAAAAAUCUUAAGGAAGGCAAACAUAAUAACUGAAAAUAAAUCAAUAGAUGAAAUAUCUGAGAUAUCAAAUUGGGAAAAAAUUAAUGACAAACAAUCCAAUUCUAUUAUACAUUUUGAAAAUCAUAAUGAAAAUUUAAAUGAUGAUAAUAUUACAACAUAUAGCAGAAAAAUUAUAAACAAUAAUAAUAAUAAUAAUAAUAAUAAUAAUAAUAAUAAUAAUAAUAAUAAUAAUAAUAAUAAUAAUAAUAAUAAAUAUCAGGAUAAUGAAAAUUAUGAAUGUAAAAAUAGUGAUGGAAAUUAUUUAAAAAAUAAUACAAUGGUAGAAAUUAAUUACACAAAUUCAUGUCUAAAUUAUAAUAACUCAAUUAUACAGAAUAAUAAUAAAGAGAAUGAAAAAAAUAAUGAAAAAUAUCAAUCUGAAAUCGAAGAAAAAAUAACAAUGGAAAAUAAAAAGGAAGUUUUCGAUGCGGAAAAUAUAAAAGAUAAAUUUGGAGAUGAUGAUGAUGAUGAAAAAAUGGUAAAAAUCGGAGAUAUAAUAAAAGAUUGUGUUAAUAAAAUAAGUGCAGAAAAUAUUAACAAUUCAGGUAAUAAUAAUGAACUUACAAAUAUUGGAUAUUCAAAUAUAGCUAAUAAAAUAACAAAUAAUGUUGUAAAAAUAAUAAAUAUUAUUGAAAAAAUAGGAAAAUAUUAUAUUGAUCCUGAUAAAUUAGAUAUGUUAAUUAAUGAUAAUAUUUUUAAAAAAAUAUAUAAUUGUAAUAAAAAUAAAUGUGUGCAAUUAUUAUAUGUUCUUUUAUUUUCAUUAAAAGAAAAUACAUAUAUUUAUUCAGAUGUCAUUUUUGAAUUUAUUAUAAAAAUGAUAGAAGAUAGAGAUAUAGCACUUGAUCAAAUCGAUAAACUUUUAAUAUGUAUUUGUAAAAAUAUAGGAAUUUCAAAAUAUAUAAGUCUUAUAAAUAAUUAUAUUUUAAGUGAAAAAUUAAAUAAUAUUAAAUCGUCGAAUAAAAUACUUAGUCAAAAUUCUGGAGGAAGUGUAAAUAAUAAUUCUUAUAUUUCUCAGCAAAAUGGACAAAACAUAAAGCAUACAAAUAGUAAUAAUAAUCUAGUAAAUAAUAAAAAUUUUAAACAAUUUUCUAAACGAAAUGAAAUAUUAAUAGUUAUAAAUAUUAUUAACACAAAUCAUAUUUUAUUAUUAAAUGAAAAUGUUAUACAAAAAAAAAUAUUAAAAUUUUAUUUAGAUCUUUUUUUUGAAGAUAAUGAGCAAAUAAGAGAAAAAUCAAGUAAUGUUUUAGAUAAUAUUUAUUCAAAAUAUGGUCCAAAUAUUUUUUUUAAUAUAUAUGAAAAAUUGUCUGCUCAUAAAAAAGAAUGUCUACAUGAUAUUCUUAAUCAAAUGAAAUUAAAUAAUGAUUUUUCUUUUUUUAAAAUAUUUUUAUCAAAUAAUUCACAAGUAAAAAGAUUAUCAAACAAUGAAAGUAACAUAAGUACUAUUUCAUCAUCUAAUUUUAUAAAAUCAAAAAAUAUUAAACGAUUAAAUUCUUUUACAAAAACGAAAACUUUAAAAAUUGAAUUUCCACCAAAUUAUAAAAUUAAACCUGAUAAAUUAAAAUGGGAAAAAAAUCUUGAUCAAUCUCAUCUCAAUUAUUUGAUUAAAGAGUUCAAGUUGUUUAGUAGUCAAGAACUAGUACUCUGUAUGUUUUCUAACAAUCCUAACAUGAUCAAUCGGUGUAUAUCUUUUUUUAAAGAGUAUUUAAGCAACAGUUCAAACCAAUCGACCUUUUUUUCAAAAUGCCGAUUUUUAGAUUUAUUAUUAAAAUGGAUAUUUUAUUCUUUGAGUAUAAAUCAAAAUAAUAAGGAAAUAUUUGCUGAGUUUAUAAAUUUGAUUAAACUGAUUUUAAAAACAUUUGAAGAUAAUUAUGUUUUAUUAAAUAAUCAAGAACUAGUUAUUUUGGUGCAUUUUAUUUUUGAUAAAUUGAAUAAUACUGUUGUCACCCCAGAAGUUAGUAAAAAAUUUAAGGAAAUGCUUCUUUCUUUAUGUUAUAUCUCGGAUCAUAAAUUAUAUUUUUCUUACCUUUUGAAACAUGCAUCAAUAUGUAGUCCAAAGAAAAUAUGUGACGCUUUAGACAUAUUGCUCAAACUAAUCGUUUUAUAUAAAGAUAAAUGUUUAAACAUUGAAAAGGAUGUCAUGAAAAUUCUUCAAAUUUUUACAGUUCACAGCAAAAAUAAGAAUGUGACAUUUUAUUGUUUAAAAAUUUUUGCUAAUAUUCAAAAAUUUUGCCCAAAUCUUUAUAAAGGAAUAGACAAUGAUGAUAUAGCUUAUUAUUUAAAAAGCAAAGUUGACGAAUUUAUUGAAAAGUGGCCAAAUUAUAAUGAAUCCUCAAAUGAUAUCCAAGAAAAUAAAAACAUUAGUUCAUAUCCCAGCGACAAUUCUGAAGGAAUUGUUAAAGAUGAAGAAUAUGAUAAAUUAAUAAAUUAUAUAAAAGCCAAUGCAGAAAAAAGGAAUUCCAUAAAAAAUGAAGUAGAAGAGCAUGUUAACGAAUUUCAAAACAGUGUCGAUGAAAUAUUAAAAGUGAAAAAUAAAAUAGAGAAUGCUGAAAUUCACAAAAUAAAUGAAGAUUACAUAAAUAAUCAAAUAGCAUGUACUAGUAUAUCAAAGAAUUUAAAUCUAACAAUGAAUGGAAAUAACUAUUCAAAAACUAAGGAAUUAUUCCAUAUUUUAGAAUCAAAAAAUAAUGAAAAAUCAGAUGGAUCAAACGCUUAUGAAAAUUCUAUGAUAUAUUUUCGUUUUGUUUAUUUAGCAUCAUUUUUAUAUUCUGAUAAUGUUGAAGUUAUUUCAAAGGUUUGUAAAAUAAUUGUAGAAAACAUAAUACAACUUGGAAAAAAAAGCAAAAAUGGAAAUUUUAUUUUAAGAGAAAGUGGAAAUUAUGUUUUUAAAAAUUUUAAUUUAUUUAUUAUACUUAUAAAAGGAUCAAAUUUUGCAUUAAGAUAUUUAUUUCAAAAAAAAUUUGAUAUGGAUUUAAAUUCGUCUUUUAUUCAUUUCAAUGCAAUAUUAAGUACUGUCUUAUUAGUAGACAUAUUGAUGAAAAAAAAAAGUUGCAUAGCAAAAUUAUCAUAUGAUCAUUUCUCUUUUUUUUUUAUUAACACAAUAGUUUGUUUAAGCAUAUAUACAAAAAUAAUACACACAAAUAAUUAUAUAUAUUUAUUUAAAAAUGGAGAAAUAGCUCGUAGUUUGGUUACAAGUAUGUUAAACAAUUUAUUAGGACGUGAAUUUUUAACAAAUCAUUCUAAAUUGUUAGAAUAUGUUUGCAAUGUUUCAUUUAAUUUAGGAUUUGACAUUAUGAAAAACAAUUAUAUUUUAAUUGAUGAUGUAUGUGAUCCUAGUGAAUUUUAUAUAUAUAUAAAUACCUAUGUUAAAAUUUUAAAUAAAAUUUAUAAAAAAAUUAUGAACAAAAUUUCUGAAGAAAAUAAAAAAGAAAAUAAUUUUGUGUAUAGAAUAUUAAAUAUAAUUUUUACAAAUUUAAAUAAAUAUGAUAUAUUUUUGUCUAAUAUUGAAAAUGAAAAAACAAGGAAAAGAAAAAUUGAUAAUAUACAUGAAGACAAAAUUAUAAACAAAAUGAAAAAUCCAAAUCAUAUUAUUAACAACAUACAUUGUAAUAAAAAAAUAUGUAAUGAUAAAUUAAUAAUUGAAAAAUUUAUUAAUGAAAAAGAAAAUGAUGAAAACAAUCAUAAUCAUGGAUAUAAUUCCGAUUCUUCUGUAUAUAAUUGUAGAACUACAUAUUUUGAAAAUUUAAAUAUCGAUUAUAUGAAUAAUAGUACAAAUUUGGUGAUAAAAAAUGGAAGCAUUAAAAGUACAAGUAUACAAAAUAGUGCAUCAAAAAAUGUUAACAAUAUUAAUGAAUAUUAUAAUUCUCGAAAUAAAAAUAAUUUAGAUAAUGGAAUAUAUAAUGAGUCUAUGAAAAGAAAAAGAGAUUCAUAUACAAAUGCUGAAAUGGAUAUAAUAUACAAAAAUAGAGCUGAUUUUAUGAAUAAAUAUUUAUUUUUUAUUCAAUUAAUUUUUUAUGGCAUUAAAAAAAAUAACCCAUUAAUUCUUAUGGCAUAUAUUAAUCAUGAACUUAUAAAUAAUUAUAAUGAAAAUAUAAAAUAUUAUUUUAAAAAAUUAGAAAUAUUAUUAAAUAAAGAUUUAAAAGAUUCUGUACCAAAUGUUAACAUAAAUAUAGCUCCAGAUAAUUAUUUAUUAAACUUUUCGUUUGAAGCAUUUAUAAAUGAAAAUAAUCAUUUUAAGGAAACAGACAAAUCUAUAUUUGAGACAUAUCAAAAUGUUCUUAAUCAAUAUUCAAAUUUUGAAUCAGAAAUUAUUUAUAAUAGUUUUGAUUUAUCAAUUGAUGAUGUUAUACAAAAAAAAAAAGAAUUUUUAAAAUCCCUCAAAACUAUAAAUAUUAAUGAAAUCACUUUUAAUAAUAAUAAGUUUGAAAAUUUAAAAGAAAAUAUAUAUGAAUAUAUCAAUGAUUUAGAAAAUACACAUAUAAUAGAUGAAAUUCAAAAUGCUGAAAUAUCUUUUAGUUAUGAUUUCCUUUGUACUAUGUAUAGAAUCCCAAUUGAAUCAGACAAAUCCAAAAGUGUUUAUCAAAACAAUAAAAAUUUAGAAAAUAAUAAAGAAAAUGAAUCAUUUCAAUCAAAUAAAAUGAAAGAAACAGCUGAUCAUAUACACCCGAAAAAUAAAGAAGGGAAUUCAAAUGCCCAAUUAAAUUAUGAACAUAAAAAUUGUUAUCUAUCAGAAAUGGAUCCGAACAAUGCUAAUCAAAAUGGGGAUAAUAAUAAUGAUAAUAAUAAUGAUAAUAAUAAUGACAAUAAUAAUGAUAAUAAUAAUGAUAAUAAUAAUGAUAAUAAUAAUGACAAUAAUAAUGAUAAUAAUAAUGAUAAUAAUAAUGAUAAUAAUAAUGGUAAUAAAUUAACGCGUAUUAGUCAUAAUAUAUAUUUAAGAAAUGAAACUGUUGAAAAUAUAGAUAUGAAUGAAUUGCAAAAGAAAUAUAAUCAAAGUCAUAAUUCUUAUGAAAAUAAUGAACAAACACAAAAUGGGGAUAAUAUUAAUCAAUAUAAUUAUAAAACAGAUAAAAACAAAGAAAAUGAUUUGCUUUAUCAAAAUAAUAAGAAUCAGAAAAAUAUAUAUAAUAAACAAAAUGAUUUAAACGAUUUUAGUUACGAAAAAUAUAAUAGAGAUGGCGUCAGUCAAAUUAAAAAUAAAUAUAAUGCAUCUAAAACUAAAGACAAAAAUAAUAGUUACAUAAGAAAUGCAACUCCUGAUCCAGAACAUAGCAAAGAUCAAUUAGAAAUUAAUUCGAUAACUAGUACUCCAUUUAAUGAACUUGUAAAAUGUAGUAAUAUUGAAAUUGAAGAUGAUGAGUAUGCAGAAGCUAUGAAAUACACACCAGGAAAUUAUUCUCAUAUAUCUACAUCUAAUUGUAGUAAAAAUUAUAUUGAGGAAAUAGAAAAGGAGCAAGAAAGGGAGAUCGAGCAAACCAGGCAAACCAAGCAAAGAAACGAUAUUGACAAAUCUAUAAAAAAUUGUAAUAUGCCAAAUUUUUCAGAAAUUAAAAAUAAAGAAAAUCCAAUAUAUUUCCAGCAAAAUAAAGAAUCUGAUAUUUAUGAAAAAUCGAAUGAUAAUAUAGAAAAUUCGAUAAAAGGAUAUUCUAACAAUUCAUAUAAAAAUGAAAAAGAAAUAAAUAACUCACAUUGUGUUCUUAGAAUGACAAAAUUAAAUGAUAAAGGAUUUAAUAUUUUUGAUCGAAAUAAACAAACCAACUCUAAAAGUGCAACAUCACAUAGCAAUAUUACAACAUCAGCCAAAACAUUUUUAAAAAGUAAACCAAAUGUUAAAUAUUUAAUAAAUAAAUACGAACACCAACAAGAAAGGCCUAAUUCAUGCAAUUUAAAAACAAAUACAAUUUUUUCUCAAAAAAAAUCAGAAAACUAUCAUCAUAAUAAUCCUAUAAAUAAUAGAGAAGCUAAUAAAAUGACCAUAAAUAAAAUUCAUAAAUUUGGUUAUAAUAAUAAGCUAGUUUCAAAUGGAAAUAACAAUAGUACCAUAAGUAGAAACAAAGAAAAAACAUAUUCUUAUGAAAAAUGUAUAACUUCAGUUUCAGAUAUAAAAAAUAGAAGAGAUAAAAAAGACAUGUACAAUUUGACUAGCCAUAUUUCAAAUGAUAUAGGUUUAAAAGCUUUACAAACCAGUAGUAGUAUUUCUUCUAAUUUUAAUGAUAAAAAAAAUUAUACUCAUUCAUCAAUCGAUACUAGACUUAACAAUAUUUUUGAUAAUAAACCUCACCAUGAUUAUCACAGAGAAAAUAUAUCAAGUUCUACAAAAAGGAAAAAUCAAAUUGGCAUUCCAAUUCCAAUAAAAAAAAAAAACACAAAUAGAUAA